AGAAGAAUGCAUGCAGUUUAACUGUACUGAGCUGCAAAAUGGCCGCCUUACCGCCAGCAAGCCAGGUUGCCGGCAGCAACCAGGCGACUUAUGAAUCACUCUUCAGACAGGUCGAUAAGACGGGUGUCGGUAAGAUCGGCGCUGUGGAUGCUGCAUCUUUCCUGAAGAAGUCUGGCCUGCGGGAGACGAUACUGCAUAAAAUAUGGGAGCUGUCUGACCCACAAGGCAAAGGACACUUAGACAAACAGGGUUUCUUUGUGGCACUGAAGUUGAUCGCUUUGGCACAGAGCGGCCGAGAGAUUGCUGUAUCUAACCUGACUUUGCCAGCUCCUAUCCCAAACAUGCAAGGGUCUGCUACUCAGACUCCUCAUUCCACAACUCCACCCCUUCCCGGAGGGUCACCAGACCAUUCAUGGUCUGUCACGCCAGAGGAGAAAUUAAAAUACGACGCCAUCUUUGAGGGACUGAACCCCAUUGAUCAAAAGCUGUCAGGUGACAAGGUUAAGACUGUUUUCAUGAACUCCAACUUGCCCGUUGAUAUCCUCAGUAGGAUAUGGGACCUCAGUGACAUUGACAAAGACGGUUUACUAGACAAGGAUGAAUUUGCUGUGGCGAUGCACUUGGUUUACCGAGCCUUAGAGAAGGAGCCUACCCCCAUGACCCUCCCACCACAGCUCCUCCCCCCACCCAAGCGCAAGAAGCCCCCCAUGGCGGGGGCCAUCGCGGUUCUACCCAGCCCAGUGUCGACCAAGAGGGCGACUCCGCCCAUUCCUUCCGACGGCUCUCCCAAGGGAUCUCCAGUACUAUCAACAAAACAGGAGCAAAGUACGUGGGUGGUGACUUCAGAAGAGAAGGCCAAAUCAGAUCAGAUGUUUAGCCAGAUUGAUGGUGAUAAAGAUGGACUGGUUGGAGGAGAAGAGGUCAGACCACUGCUGCUUCAGUCAGGACUACCACAGAAUAUCCUCGCUCAAAUAUGGAAUUUGUGCGACACUAAACAAACAGGUCAGCUGAGCGCCGAGCAGUUUGCUCUGGUGAUGUACCUCGUCAAUCAAGCCAAAGCGGGGACCAACCCACCCCCGGUGCUAACGCCAGAGAUGGUGCCGCCGACGCUAAGACCCAAGCCGGGCAAGGCAGCCAUGUCGGGAUUGCAAGACCUAGCAGCCGGCGUGGGUUCCCAGGGGGAUUUCUCGGCCAUCAAGGAGCUGGACACAAUCAGCAAAGAGAUUGAGAAUCUCAGUAAGGAGAAGGGCCAGCUGCAGGUGGACAUCAGGACGAAGGAAGAGCACGUCAAGAUGAAGACGCUAGAAGUACAGGGCCUCCAGAGUGAGCUGGACAAGUCAACAAGCCAGUGCAAGCAGCUAGAGACCCAGAAGGCCGAGGCCCAGAAGAGGCUGGAUGAGCUAGACCAGCAGCGCAGCAAGCUGGAGGGGCUGCUGGCCGAGGUCAGGGAGCAGUGCUCCGAGACCCAGGGGGAGGUGGACAGUCUUCAGGGUCAGAUAGCUUCCCAGGAAUCCAGUCUUAAGGCCCAGGAGGAGGAGCUGAAGACAGCCCGGGUGGAGCUGAACAACCUGCGGCAGGAAGAGGUACAGCUGGAGCAGCAGCUACAGUCGGGCAAGACCCAGCUGGACAUGGUCAAGGAGUCCACCAAGGGAGUUGAGCAGGAGUACCAAGUGCUCCAAGCCAAGCUGAAGAGCCUUGUGGAAAGCAAGAACAAACUGAACAGCCAGAUGCAGCAGCUUGACCAGACGCCCGUCAUACCCUCCGGUAUACCCUCCCUGGUCCCUCACGCCAACAACAACCAGGGCACCAUCCAGGGUAUCGAGGAGCUGGGCCCCCUCAGUAGGAUAUCGUCCAUCGACACGGAUCUCCUAAGCACCAGGGCGACGGCGGGUAAUAGCCCAGUUAGUAGUCUUAGUGGCUUUAGCACAACAUCUGAGACCAGACGUGCCGAUGAAGACUUCAAGGAUGACCCUUUCAAAGGCCGAGACCCGUUUGCUGGUUUCGGUGACACCAAUGCUGCCGACCCCUUCCAGUCAUCGGAUCCAUUCACAGAAGAUCCAUUCAAAAAUGAAGGCUUUUCAUCAGAUCCCUUCGGUGGCGACCCAUUCAAGAAUUCAACGUCCUCAGACCCCUUCCCGAGUUCAUCUUCCGAUCCCUUCAGCUCCAAAACGACGCCGGACCCCUUUGGCGACGUGAACUCAGACCCGUUCAAGGGAGGCGACCCUUUUGCCUCCAAAGGCCCCUCGCUAGGUGCGGAUGAUCCAUUUGCAGUGUCUUCCUCGUCAGUGGGUGGGGCUGACGAUCCAUUUAAAAGCAAGGACCCCUUCAGAGCGGGAGGCACCCCCACGUCAGCCAAGACAGAUGCAUUCGGAUCUAUUGAUCCCUUCGGCGGAGAUGCCUUUAAACCAGAUGCAUUUAUGAAGGGUUCCGGCACUGAUACAUUCGGCAGUGACCCCUUCAACCCCAAAGAGGAAACCCCCGCCCUGCCUCCCAAGAAGAGCAAAACCAUUGGGGCCAAGUUGGCCACCGUUUCCACACCCGCCAGUACUACGUCCGCCACCACGGCCGUCAAUUCCACCCCGGACGCUUUCGCGGCGUUUGGCGGGGAUUCCGGCGCCGAUCCCUUUGGCUCCAUGACCUCCCAGGCCGACCCGUUCGGCGGGGAUCCGUUCGCGUCGUCGGCCUCCACAACUACGGCCAAGGAAGGCAGUGUAGUGGACCCCUUUGCAAGCUUCGCUGACUUUGGCUCGGCCAAGUUUGAAGUUAGCGAUGAUGCUUGGCCACCACCAGAGGGCAGCAAACAAGAAGAGACCAAACCAUCACAACCGGACCAAGACAAGAGCCAGCCAGAGGGCAUGACAGUUAAAAACGACACCGGAGCUUCGGAUGCAUAGCACAGGCACUCACACAUGGAAAUACUGAACUUUAUUAUUGACCCACCACUAGAGGGCGCAAAGUAAGAUCAGGUGUGAGGGGUCACAUUUGAGCCACACCUUAGAAUAUCCAGGUCGGACCUUACAAAAGUGUGACGCUCCUGAACUUGUCUGCCAUUAGACACCACAUAAUAUGAUCUUCAGCUGUUAUAAGAGGGGGUACCAUAUCUGCAGGUGUACACUUUUACGUGCCACACCGGAGCAGUCAUCAACAAAACUGGGACAUUCUUAAGAAGCAUCAGAGACUUUUACCCAGAAUUGCAAGUGACUGGACGAUCCAAAAGCAAAGUUUUCCACACACAAAAAUUUAAAUAAAUUGCCUGUGUUUGGAGGAGUCCAAAUUUGGUAAUUUUGCAAAAGGUGACUGGAUCACCGAAAUGUAGACUUCAUUUCAAUGUGUAAAUUUUUUUGUUUUUUUUAACGAUCACAAAUAAUCUUAUCGAAAUUCCGGGUUAGAAUCUUGAAAAUAUUUAUGCCCCAUUAAAAAAUUUUGUAACGAGGUGCUCCUUUAUAUCUAGACUUGGUAGGAGUAUUAACAUUCUUAGGUUGCAUACUGAAUAAUCAUGGCAACAUUUAACACACCGACAGUUUUUGUUUAUUUUGCGGCGUCCUUUGCAGAUUUCAGUAGAACUGUCUAAAACAGCCCAGCUGUCAGUUUUUGAUUUCCCUGUCCUGCACUUUCACAUUGAGGCGUUGUUUAUGAUUUACAAAUUGACUACAUGUUUUGAUUGGCAAAAAAAAUGUAGCAUUGUGAUCACAUCUGCAAUAGGGUGCCAUUGCACACCAAAGAGCCCAAAGAAACACUUGUACAUGGUGCACAUACAUUUGAGGAGGAGCAUUGUCAUGGGUUCGAAUCCCGACUGGUUCAUUCUGUUCAUUCAUGGAUCUCUAUGCCUCAGUUUGCUACCUAGCACCCACUAAAUCUCAGGCCCAAGAAUGAACUCUUAUUGCCGGCAACCAGUGUGGCUCAGGUUGGAAUCCAACUCAGUCCCGUUUGUGGGCGGGGUCUGAACAUUUUGUACCUUCAGCCAAAGUGGAUAGGGGCUUAUGCUGAACCACAGCAGUACAGUCCUCCAAGUCUUGAUCACCUGCCUGUGAUACUUUUCUCCAUUUUAGAGCUAAUUAGGUAAUUAGAAUGUAAACUAAUUCUAAAUUGUAAAAUUAGUCCUAGGAACAUGUACAGUAUUUAAUCAUUUUGAAUCACAGAGGCAACUCUUGGCCUGUGUACAUAAUACAAAGGAGUAGGGCCAGUGUUGAGGUCAUCCGACAAGAUGUAACUGCCAAGUUCACAAAGAUGUACGUAAAUUCUGAAUUUUUUUUUGUUUUUGUCUGCUUACAUAUAGAGCCAUGACGCAGCAGCACGCCAGACUUUUAUCAGAAGUAGAGUUGAACAUGUCAGUCACGCAGUUGGUACUUUUCACUAUGAAUAAGAAGUGACUUGUAUAAUUGGUUUACGUAUCGGUAAAGUAUUUUGGCCAUUUGUACAUACCGGGCACCUGCUUAAUGCGCCCACCUGCCCAUUAUUGCCACCUGUCUGUUGUAUUGCCAUUGUGGUUAGUAACUGUGGUACGUAUUGCAGCAAACAGUAGGUUAAGGCCAGCCUGUUAAUGAUACGGCUGCCUGUCCACCGGAGAUUCGGUAGCCAGUGGUUUAUAGCCCAGUGUCCAUCUUCCAGCCCACAUUUCUGAUCCUUAGAGCUCUUUUCCCAUUGUUACAACCGUUCUAUAAAUAUUUUCAAUGCUCUCUACUUCUGGUCGAGUAUAUUUUCAUAAGUACAUGUAUGAGUACAAAUAUAUUAUAUUAUAAUAUAUUAUAUCAUUAUAUAUUAUAUUAUAAUAUAUUAUAAUAUAUAAUAUAUUAUGAGUAUAUUCACAAGACUAUGAGUUGGGCAUAUCAAGAAAAUGUUUUCGGGUACAAAUACUAGGACUACAACACUGUCUGUAUCAAACCACAGUUUGUUCAAAGUGAACCUGUGUGGUUUUACCACAGAGGACGGCUGCAUAAUGGGAACAGAGGACAGUCCUUGUCCUCCAUUGUCAAUUUUGUUUUCCAAGCCGGUCCUCAAAAGUUUUGAGUGUUUAGCCUGGGGAACAUACUGUAUUAUAGGAACAAAGGGAAAGACAACGCUUUUCCCACUGAGAUGUGGUCAAUUCACAACUGUAGGUGUAGAGUUGAUUUCUAGAGCUAUUUCCCAGUCCUUGAGCUUGUAUACUUAGCCAAUACCAAAGGAGAUCUUCCAGUGUUGCCCUGUCUGUUUGGUGUUUGGCUGCUGUAAACUCAUCGUAUCAGUCCUUUCCGCGUGGCCCUGAGGCCGUCCAUUCAUAUGGUACCUUUGCUGCAAAUUUGGUGUUGCACAUCAGGCAGGCGGCCUGAUAUGUUUGAACAUAGCCGAAGGUAUGUGCCUUCUUUUUUUUUUUUUUUUCAAAAGUGUAAGCUACUUGGAUUACCACUGAUUUACUGUUGGACAAAACCCCUUGCCAGUUAUAGAACAGUGGAGUUUGAUGGACUAAACUUGGGUUCAGGAGUAUUUUUAAAUUUCUCUUGUAUAUUUUCAAAGUGUCAUGAUUUAAUACUGCUAGAAAUCAAUGUGUCUUUCCGAAAAAGAUACAACAUACGCGUUAAUCCUCUUGAACCGCCAUGCCAUCACAAGUCUUUCUUGGUUUUGUUGAUAUAUAUAUAUAUAAAUGUAUCUAAUUUUCCAAAAUGCUGGUGUUUGUAAAUAGCUCUUUACAACAUUGAAACUUAAAAAGCUUCACACUCUGUCAUGAGACGGUAGCCUGAACCCAGUGGAGUGCUAGCGUAAUAGCCGUUGGAUAUCCUUGGUUUCCGUGGUCUUUGACGACUGUUUUUUGUUUUUUUUCUGCAACUUUGCCAUUGCUGCAUUUGGCCCCGUCACAAAUCUACGACUGGUCCGUCAUGAGUCGGUCACAAGUUUAUCCAUUCUGAUUUGUCUAGUCACAAACUAUUCAUAUGCAGUGUGACAAAGGCUCCCCAUUCUGACGGCUCAUUUCCAGACACUUUGAAUUUGGGCAAUAUGGGUGAUUUUGUCUCUGUUUCCCUUCCUUCCCAAAGGAUAUAAAAAGCCCCCAGAAUUGAGCCUCACACCAAGGACCAUGAAAGAUCAUGUAAAGAAAUCCAACUUUUAAUCCCCCCCUCCAAAAAAAUCUACACAAAAAUAGCUACCCCUCUGAAACACUGCAUCUGGAUCUGUCCUUGUUUGACUUGUGAUGGGCUUCACUACAGCAUGGCACUCUGUCCAUAUAUGGAACUUGACCACAGAAGGUCAUCAUGCCAGAAAGCUGUCAGGACAUCAUGGGCAGUCGGUGAUGUCAGAUAUGAAUUGUUAGCUCUUAUCUAUGUAAUGAUAAUACGCAAAAACAGACUUAUGGUUAAAUAUUCGACCUGACGCUGUUUAUACAUUGUUAUAUAGCUCAAAUUUAAUUUCGUCAUUCUUCUGUAACUACUUAGCUGUCGAAGUACACUGAAUCCAUGGGCAAUAUCAUUAAGUAUGCAAAGCAAAAUAAAACAACUAAAAAGACUGCCGUAAAAAGAGA